GUCUGCUCUUUUAAUUCACUUUCUUUUCUCUUUUGGUUUCUAAAUCAUAGCAAAAGUAUUCACAAAUCUCAUGGGAUCUCCAACAACUAGGUUCUGUCUGAUCUUCAUAUUCUUGUUUUAUCAUCCUCCUUGUGCCCUAAGUCAGCAAAAGCCAAGUGGGUUAUGUGAAACUCUGUUUCAGUGUGGCAAUAUCACUGCCGGUUUCCCUUUCACAGGACAGAAUCGCAAUGGAUUCUGCGGUAACCCUUCUCUUGAACUUACCUGCAACAGAAGUUUCAACACAACCUCUCUUAUGAUCUCAGGUCACAACUAUACUGUCCUUGAUAUAGACAACAAAUCCAACAUUCUUACACUUUCAAGACAAGAUUUCUCAGGUCGUUUCUGCUCUGCUUCAUUCUCCUCAACACCUCUACCUUCAGAUCUCUUCCAGAAUUUGCCAUCUUAUAAAAGCCUCACUGUGUUCUACGCUUGUGACCCUCGUCGCCAUUUCCUUGGUAAUUUCACAUGUCCAGUGAAAGGUCUUGGCUCUGUGAUUCAAAACUCUACAUAUCAUAAACUCUGUGAUGAGAGUUUCAGUGUCACGGUUCCUACGAGUUUCGUUCCAGAGGAAGAAGCUUUGAAUUUGACCAAUUUGGAAAGUGUUUUGAGAAAAGGUUUUGAGGUGAAGCUGAAGUAUAUAAAUGAGAUAUUUUGUCAAGAAUGUUUAUCCUCAGGUGGAAGCUGUGGCUUCCAAUUGUCCAGACAGGUUUGCUGCAAGAACGUAUCAGGAUCAAGUAUUAGUUGCCGUACUACAACAUAUGUAUCUGGUGGAACGAACAUCAAGAAUCGCUCGAUACUGAUAAUAAUCGGUACAGUUGCGGGGUCGAUAUUAGCGGCAUUUGCGGUGAUGAUUCUAGCAUUCGUGUUCUGGGAGAGAAGAAAAACAAAUGCUCAGAGAGAUCAGAACCUUGAUGCGUUAGUAACCUUGAGACGGUAUAGUUAUGGAGAAAUCAAGAAAAUUACAAAAUCGUUUACAGAAGUUGUUGGACGAGGAGGAUUUGGGACUGUAUAUAAAGGGAAGUUACGCGAUGGUAGUAAAGUUGCAGUGAAAGUCUUGAAGGAUUCAAUGGGAAAUUGUGAAGACUUUAUCAACGAAGUCGCAAGCAUGAGCCAAACAUCUCAUGUUAACAUUGUUACUCUGCUUGGUUUUUGCUAUGAAGGAUCCAAAAGAGCGAUUGUAUAUGAGUUUCUCGAAAAUGGGUCUCUGGAUCAGUUUAUAUCCAAGUCGGGGGAUUUAAAUGUGAGUAUACUAUAUGGAAUCGCGCUAGGUGUUGCUCGGGGAAUCGAGUACUUGCACUAUGGCUGCAAAACAAGGAUUGUGCAUUUCGACAUUAAACCACAGAAUGUACUGUUGGAUGAAAAUCUCCGACCCAAAGUUGCUGAUUUUGGCCUCGCUAAGCUUUGUGAGAAGCAAGAAAGCAUAGUGUCAUUACUUGACACAAGAGGAACUAUAGGAUACAUUGCUCCAGAAUUGUUUUCAAGAGUGUAUGGGAAUGUAUCUCACAAGUCGGAUGUGUACAGCUAUGGAAUGUUGGUUCUUGAGAUGACCGGAGCAAGGAACAAAGAAAGAGUCCAAAAUGCUGAUUCAAACAAUAGCUCAGCUUACUUUCCAGAUUGGAUCUACAAGGAUCUUGAAAAUGGAGAUUAUGUAAAGCUUCAUGGCGAUGGACUAAUCCGAGAGGAAGAAGAUAUUGCGAAAAAGAUGAUCUUGGUGGGUCUAUGGUGUAUUCAGUUCUGCCCAUCAGACCGUCCACCAAUGAACAAAGUUGUAGAGAUGAUGGAAGGAAGUUUGGAUUCUCUUAAUCCUCCUCCUAAGCCUCUUUUGCAUAUGCCAAUGCAAAAUAUUGCAGAAUCAUCUCAGCUACCAGAGGAAAGCUCAAUUUACUCCGAAGUAUGAUUCCAUGACUUUGGAAUAUAUGUAAAACCAAUCAUAUUUCACAUUUAUAGGCCAUUUAUCCAUGGGAAAACAUAUUAAACAGUAAAGUGUGUC